AUGUAUGCUUUUGGCUUGACUGCCUUGUCCGUGCUCUGGGCUGCCGGUGCACAGGCAGCUGGACGUCGACCUCUUCCACCUCCAGCAGCAGCAGAGACGGCGGCUACCUAUGGCACUUCUUUCUUCGAGCAAUUGAUCGAUCACAAAAACCCGAGCCUGGGAACCUUUUCUCAGCAGUACUGGUGGAGCGACGAGUGGUGGGCGGGGCAGGGCUCACCGGUUGUGCUGUUUACUCCUGGUGAAGAGGCGGCGGCAGAAUAUACCGGCUAUCUUACAAAUAGGACUCUGACUGGUCUUUUUGCCAAAGAAAUUGAUGGCGCAGUGAUUCUUCUUGAGCACAGAUAUUGGGGCAACUCAACCCCGUACACUGAUUUAACAACUGAGAACCUACAGUACCUAACUCUAGAAAAUUCUAUCGCCGAUCUCGUCUACUUCGCUAAUAAUGUGGAUCUUCCUUUCGAUACAAACCACAGCAGCAAUCCCCAGAAUGCCCCUUGGGUUCUGAGUGGAGGAUCAUAUAGUGGAGCUUUGACUGCCUGGACUGAGUCAGUCUCUCCCGGUACUUUCUGGGCAUAUCACUCCACGAGUGCUCCUGUGGAGGCCAUUUAUGACUACUGGGGAUACUUUACUCCCGUUCAGGAAGGAAUGGCGAAGAAUUGCAGUACGGAUGUCGCGAGGGUGAUAAAACACAUCGACGAAGUUUACGAGUCCGGAAAUGAAAAGAAAAUCCAGAAGUUACAGGACAUGUUCGGACUCGGCGACCUGGAGUUCGAUGAUUUUGCAUCUGCAUUGGAAAAUGGACCUUGGUUGUGGCAAUCCAACUCCUUCUACACAGGAUAUUCCUCCUUCUUUGAGUUCUGCGACUACAUUGAGAAUGUGGAGGCAGGCGCGAAGAAGGUCCCAGGACACAAUGGAGUUGGCCUGGAAAAGGCACUUGCGGGAUAUGCCAAGUGGUUUACGGAGGUUUAUUUCCCUGGAUCAUGUACUGGGUAUGGCUACUGGACCGACGAAAGCACCACUGCUUGCUACGAUACAUACAAUGCCUCAAGCCCCCUCUUUACCGAUACAUCAAUCGACAACGCUAUCGAUCGUCAAUGGAACUGGCUUCUUUGCAACGAGCCUUUCUUUUAUUGGCAAGAUGGCGCUCCAUCUGGUACUCCCUCAAUCGUCUCACGGACUGUAAAUGCCGCUUAUUGGCAGCGACAAUGCUCUCUCUUCUUCCCUGAAGUCAACGGCUACACUUACGCGAGCGCAAAGGGAAAGACUGCAGCUGAAGUCAAUGCAUACACCAAGGGUUGGGAUUUGACCGACACUACGCGACUGAUCUGGGCUAAUGGACAAUUUGAUCCCUGGAGAGAAUCGGGAGUCUCAUCUAGCUUACGCCCCGGUGGGCCUCUCAAAUCUCGGCCUUCGGCGCCUUUGAAUGUUAUUCCUGGUGGCUUCCAUUGCUCUGACCUCAUUGUUAAGAAUGGCGCAGCGAACGCGGGUGUCCAAAAAGUCAUUGACGCCGAGAUUGCGCAGAUCAAGACUUGGGUGGCUGAGUAUUACAAAUAA